AUGAUAAAGUGUGAUGUACACACUGAAGAGAUGUUUCAAGCAGCUUGUCCUUCUGCUCAAAGUUCUUAUCAUGAGGAACCAAUUGAACACACCAUGUGCCCUUCAGGAUUUCAUAUUUCUAAUUUGGACAUUAUACAUAAUUCUAAGAUUGCAAAUACAGGAAAUACAAACGAUGAAACUCAUAAUACAGAUUGUCCCAACGAAAGCAGAGGUAAUCUUAGUCAAUAUACAUGCUGUCAGUCAGAAUUAAAUCUUGGCUCUUCUUAUCUACUUCCCUCUAUUCCGAAUACUGCGGAAGAACAUGUCUCAUUAGAGAUAAGCUCGGAAACACAAAGAGCGAUGGAAUCAUCUAACAGCACUCCACCGUCUGCCGAAAAAUUCGAUUUGACUCACUCACCGAACACAAAAAGUGCGAUGAACAAUCCAAUCAUCACAUCAGACUGGACGCAACACGGUCAACUAACUGACAAUUAUAAACAGUCUAACCAAACAGAAGAACAUAAAACUUCGUGUUCCUUGAAAGAAAAUAUCAACGACCAAGCAUUCUUGGAAUACACGGCUGCAAAUUCAACUAUUAUGCAAUCACCCAUCACUUUUACAGACGAUCAUAUGGAUCAUUCUAUGGCUAGUAGUGACGGUCAGUCAUCUGUUGACGAAUCGGAUGAAGGAAUGAGUUUAGCCAAUUUCGAACACUAUACAAAUUCAAUGCAACCAAAUCAUGCUGGGGUGUUUUUCUGCCAUCUAUGUGACUUUGCAGGAAGCUGCAGACAAGAAUUUCAAGAUCAUUUACGAUCACAUUAUGAUUACAAGUGUCUGAAGUGUGAUUAUACUUCUCGCACUGAAGGUCGUUUGAAACGUCACUUAAAAGACUUUCAUUCAGAUGUACCACCUGAAAAUUUCUCUGGUAAAACGAUCCGAUCUGUACGCCCUAAGUUGCAACGAUGUAAACAGUGCGACUUCGUAACUGAUACAAAGGAUGAAUUUUGGCGCCACCUGCGUCUCCACAUCAAAGAAGAUAAACGGUUAGAAUGCCAUUUAUGCUGUUUUAUAACGGAAUACAAGCACCAUUUAGAAUAUCAUAUGCGCAAUCAUAUGGGAUCUAAACCUUAUAAGUGUCCAAAGUGUAAUUAUGAAUGCGUCAAUAAGUCAAUGCUCAAUAGUCACAUGAAAUCACAUUCUAAUGUUUAUCCGUACCGCUGUGCGAAUUGUCACUACGCAACAAAAUAUUGUCAUAGUUUAAAACUACAUCUUACAAAACACGAACAUAAACCAGCCGUAGUUUUAAAUGCUGAUGGUAGUUUGCCACCUUAUGAUAACACAGUGGAGCUGAUGAAUGUGAGACGUGGACCAAACAUUAGACACAGUAAUUCAAAAUAA